AUGGGAGUCUCUAAGAUCGAUAAUUGGAUCUCUCAGGGUCUGAUGGAGAAGGAAUUCAUCAUCGAGCGUCUUGACCAAAAAAUCGAAAACAGCUACGCUAUGAGCGAAGAAGAAAAGGCGGAUCUCAUUGGAAUCUUCAGUAGUAACGCUAUAUUGACCAAAUCCAACUUCAUCUCCCUUUUGGCUGCUCAAAGCACACUUUUCCGUUCGUCAGAAGGCAUCAAGGCUGGAGAGAUCAUAUAUGCCAGCAUCAAAUAUCUCGCAUCGCUACCAUUUUCUCAUUUCUCACAGGAAGUGGACGUUCAAGCAGAGGGCUUGUCCACGAAGCAGCUCAUGCGAAGCCUGUCAUGGGCAAUGCCUGGUCGUUAUGCGUACAUUAUUGAAGAAGGCCCGGAUACACGCGAGCAUACCAAGUCUGAUCACUGGAGACGAAUCUUCCAAAGCCUUGCAUCGGCCAUGGACGGUGGAGAUCCAUCCAAUGCAGAAAGAGACUUGCUCGAUCAAAUCUAUUCUACAGACUCCGAGUGCGACGGCGAUGAGAUUUUCCACGACCUAUUGGAUGUCAUUUACUCUACACAGGAGAUCAAUGACCAUCGCAAAGGUCCCCUUCCGCGCGACUGGUUUCGCUCUGUAGCCAAAGGUCUCGUGGCGAAGAACAAUAUUCCUUCAUUUCAUCAAUUUGCGAUUCCCAUUCAACGCUUCGUAACUUUCGUGGAGUGUCUUCUAGUGCUUCAAUUCGAGACAUCCGAGUCUGUCACCGAUGUUUCCCAAUUCAGCAAUGCAGCUCAGUCUAUUGCUACAUCCUUCUUAGAGAAGCCUGGUGACCAGGCCAUCACUUGGCAGAUGUUCGAGUACGGAAUGAAGAACACAACGCCAUACCUUCUUGAUGGCUACUAUCGCCUGCUUUCGCAAACCUUUCUUGGAAAGUCGAGCCCUAUAGAUGUUCUUGACGCUGCUACAGUUCCUCCCGGACCAGACCAUGUGGCUCUUACACUACCACUUCAAAGUCAACUUGUCACCUUCCUAGCUGGCUCUGUCGCCUUCGAAAGCCUCACCCGGAUGCAACACUACUGCUCUUCAAAUCUGCCAACGUCUGUUGCUCUGGUGAAUACAAUUCAAGAAGUAGUCCCUGACGAAGCCCUUUUACUACUCUUCGGCAAAGACACGUCGACAGGAGUGCCUCACGCAUUCGGGAUCUUCAGUCCCAAGCCCAAAUUCGACGGCUUGGGUAUCCAAAACAAUGUAUUCCCCGACCAGGAAGGAUAUGAAAGAUGUGCGCUUUUCCAACUGGCUCCGGUGCAAGACGUGUACAGAGGAGUGGUGGGUAAGCCAGGCUGGGUUGUUGACGAUAAGAGUAUUACUUUUGGGGAAGGCUCGGGAGUUGUGCUGACUUUGAGGGAUGGCCUCACACGUGCGGAAGUCAAGCAGCAAGUGGCAGAUGGAGAUGAUAUACAGAAAACGUAUGAGCCUAAUUAUUGGAGGGGAGACUGGGUGAUUAGUUUUGAUGUAUCGGGUAUAGAGAUAUGGAGCGAGAUAGUUUGA